AUGAGUCGUGGCCUGAAUCAGGCGAAAGAAGACUUCGACUCGGUCACUUUUACCCUGAUCGUGGAGGAAGCAGGAGUGGUCGAAGGACCGUUUUGGGAAUCGUUUGAGUUAGAUCUCGCGGCUAGUGGUAGAAUUAGGAGUAGGGUAGUGGCAAACCAGAUUGAAACCCUGAAACUCCAGGUGGCAACCGGCAUCAUCCGUAGCAGAGCGACCACUCCAACCGACAACCCAGCGCUUCUGGACUCCAUCAAGGGGUCAAAGUUCCGGGGUGAACCCCCAAGCGGCUCGCCCGUCAACACACGAGCUGGGCGGCGUCCGUCAACAUACGCCGCGGUCGAACCCUCGACCAACCGACCGAACCGGGACGGCCUCGUGGAGGCCUAGGUACACCGCCAAGUUCCCGCGCGCAUCCGCGCCGUCGUCGCAACCGACGCUAUCAUCGCAGCAUCCUAGCUGCAUACCUGUGCGCCCCGCACACCGGAAGUGAU